AUGGCUCCCGAGCAGGUCCUCUCGGGCACCGACCCAGCCAAGAUCGCCGAGGUCUGCCAGAAGCACGGCAUCACCACCGCCGAGUUCGCCCAGCUCCAGGCCCGCUCGGCCGAGGCCAAGGCCACGGCGUACUGCCCCUACAGCCGCUUCCGCGUGGGCGCGACGCUGCUCAUCCCCGGCCCCGCGUACGUCGACGGCGCCAACGUCGAGAACGCGAGCUACCCCGUCGGGACCUGCGCCGAGCGCGUGGCCUUUGGCACGGCCGUCGCCCAGGGCCACAGGGAGUUCAGGGCCGUGGCCGUGUCGACGGACAUCAGCCCGCCGGCGAGCCCGUGCGGCAUGUGCCGGCAAUUUAUUCGGGAGUUUGUCAAUCUGUCCAUUCCGGUGUUCAUGUUCGAUAAGAACAAGGACUUUGUGGUGAUGACGAUGGAAGAGGUUGGUCUAGCCGUUUUCUUUUACAUUUCCGCCCUCGCCCCUUGUUACAAUGUUCUACUUGAAUUGCAUCUGCUUGGUAUUAGUCUUACUGAUCCUUCACAGCUGCUGCCCAUGUCCUUUGGGCCGGAUCGACUGCCUCCCCCUGGCGCUCCGGGAGCGAUGGGUUGA